UUUCGCCCGGGGAGCCGGUCUGGAGAGCUGGGACGUCUCCCCGCCUUGGCUCCUGCAGGAAAAGCCCAGCCGCCUCCCUUCAGGGUUUGGGAAGGCAGGAAAGGAAGGAGCUGUCAGGAAAGACCGCGUUUUGUUUUCUUGGAAAGCCAAGCGAGACAAAGCGCCUGGAGAAAGGGAGGAAGGACUCAAAGAGGACACAUUCCUGUGCUGAGGGGAUUCCUCUUCCAUUCAGGCGAAUCUGGGCAUUCUUUGGGCCUGGCAUCAUGUAAAAUAGGCUAUUUUGCGGGGAAACAGCUCUAUCUAUAGAUCUCUCUCUCUCCUGAGGGAAGUGGGAGGACAAUGGGGGAUGCUGUGGAGGCCAAGGAGCUGCGGAAGACCUUCAUUGUCCCAGCCAUCAAGCCCUUCGACCACUACGACUUCGCCCGGGCCAAGAUCGCCUGCAAUCUCGCCUGGCUGGUGGCCAAAGCUUUUGGGACAGAAAAUGUUCCAGAGGAGCUUCGAGAACCAUUUUAUACAGAUCAAUAUGACCAGGAACAUAUUAAACCUCCUGUAGUUCAUUUGCUGCUAUCUGCUGAACUCUACUGUCGUGCUGGGAGUCUAAUUUUGAAGAGUGAUGCUGCCAAACCACUCCUUGGCCAUGAUGCUGUUAUUCAAGCCCUGGCACAAAAAGGCCUCUAUGUCACUGACCAAGAGAAACUGGUAACGGAGAGAGACUUGCACAAGAAACCCAUUCAGAUGAGUGCUCAUUUGGCCAUGAUUGACACCCUGAUGAUGGCAUAUACAGUGGAAAUGAUCAGUGUGGAAAAAGUCAUUGCAUGUGUACAUCAAUAUUCCUCCUUCUUCCAAGCCACAGAUCUACCCUAUGACAUAGAAGAUGCUGUCAUGUUCUGGAUAAAUAAGGUAAAUGAACACUUAAAAGACAUCAUGGAACAAGAGCAAAAACUGAAAGAGCAUCAUAGUGUUGAAACUCCGGGAGGCCAAAAGUCUCCUUCCAAAUGGUUUUGGAAACUGGUUCCUGCUCGAUACAGGAAGGAACAAGCUCUGCUUAAGCAGCUGCCCUGCAUCCCAUUGGUGGAAAAUCUGCUAAAGGACGGUACAGAUGGCUGUGCUUUAGCUGCUCUGAUCCAUUUUUACUGCCCAGAUGUAAUCCGGUUGGAAGAUAUCUGUUUAAAGGAAACCAUGUCAUUGGCUGACAGCUUGUAUAAUUUGCAACUAGUACAGGAAUUUUGUCAGGAGUAUUUGAAUCGAUGUUGCCAUUUCUCACUUGAGGAUAUGCUGUAUGCUGCUUCUUCAGUAAAGAACAACUAUUUGGUGUUCAUGGCAGAACUCUUCUGGUGGUUUGAAGUAGUGAAGCCUUCAUUUGUCCAGCCUCGAGUUGUAGUUCAUCCCCAAGCUGAACCCACAAAGCAAGCAUCUUCCCUUUCUGCUGCAAAUGCCAAUAGAAGACACUAUCCUGAUGUUUCACGUGAUUCUGAGCUGACAGCAAGCAUGGAGGGCCCAUCCCAUCAGAUUUCUCCCAGCAGCCAUGGACACCAACAGCCUUAUUCCUCUGCUGCAGGCAGCAUUAGAAGAUCUUCAUCAAUGUCUUAUAUGGAUGGAUACGUAGGAACAUGGCCCAAGGAAAAAAGGUCCUCAGUGCAUGGAGUUUCGUUUGACAUUUCCUUUGAUAAAGAGGACAGCAUGCGAAUUAGAACUCCAAACAGAGGCAUUACUAGAUCCCUCAGCAAUGAAGGUCUUGAGCAAAAUGCUAACCGUAUGCCAAGACAUAUUAGAAAGAACAUAUCCUUCAAGCCUGUGAAUGGCGAAGAAGAAAGUGAAGAUAUUGAAGAAGAAAAGGAUGUUGAAUUUUGCAGUCAUUUAGAGGACAAUAGCAAUCAGAGGAACGCUAACCAAAUUAAUCCAUACAGCCUGCCAAAUGGAGCACUGCAAAAUAGGUUGGUCACUGAUGAAUUUGGCAAUCAGAUUGAGACACCAAGCAUUGAGCAGGCAUUGCAGAUUAUCCAUGAUAAUGAAAAAUCUCCGAGUGUUACUCAGCCAGAACAAAUUACAAAUGGGUUUUUUCUUCACAAUACAGAGAUGAGCAUCCUAAACUCAAAUCUAAAACCCAAUCAGACUAGUCCUGAUAUCAUUGCAGAUACUAAAGGUGCCCUUAGUCCUGUGACUGACAAUACAGAAGUGGAUACUGGAAUCCAUGUCCCUUCAGACAUUCCAGAGACUAUGGACGAGGAUUCAACUUUGAGGGAUUAUACUGUCAGUUUAGACUCAGAUAUGGAGGAGUCAUCUCGAUUUCUUCAUGAAUAUGAUGGCAGAGGCAGCAACCACAAGGAGUUAUUGAGUCCGUGUCCAAGCUCGGUCAGUGCCAAAUCGCAAGCGGGUAGCAGCGCAUCCUCAAGUUCAGGGGUAAAAAUGACCAGCUUUGCAGAACAGAAAUUUAGGAAGCUGAAUCAUACAGAUAGUCGAAGUAGCGGUAGCAGUUCUCAGAAAACAACCCCGGAAGGCUCUGAGCUGAACAUUCCUCACAUGGUUUCGUGGGCUCAAAUACCAGAAGAAUCCCCCGUCCCUCAGAGCAGAGAUACAACACAGUUGCUGGCCUCUGAAAUGGUGCAAUUGAAGAUGAAGCUGGAAGAGAAAAGACGAGCCAUUGAAGCACAGAAGAAGAAGGUUGAGGCUGCAUUCACGAAGCAGAGGCAAAAAAUGGGAAGAACGGCAUUCCUUAACAUUGUGAAAAAGAAAAGUGAUUCAAUUUCCCCGUUCAGAGAAGAAGCAGCUGGAGCAGAGGAUGAGAAAGUGUUUACUGACAGCACUCAGUUGAAAGAGAAAGAUACCCAAAAACCUGGUGAACAUCUAAACAAGAUGGCAGAGAUGAUCAAAACAAGCAGCGAAAAGCCUCAGGUUAAAUGGCUGAAGUCUCCCAAUACCACAGCGGAUACAGAAAAGCAAUGUCAUUUGGUAAGUCCAUCAGAAGAAAAUUUGAACGAAGGAGACUUUGUGGAGUAUACAAAAUCUAUUGAGAAGCUCAAUUCGUCUCUGAACUUCCUUCAGCAAGAAAUGCAGCGCCUGUCACUUCAGCAAGAGAUGCUCAUGCAGAUGCGGGAACAGCAGGCCUGGGUUAUUUCACCCCCUCAGCCUUCUCCUCAGAAACAAUUUCGGGAGCUCAAGCCUUCAUUGAAAUUUACGGGAUCAUCUGUACCCAUUGCCCCAUUUUCUGUGGAAUCCCCUCGGCCUUCCCAUCAAUCCCCACAGGCAUCUUCUAGGAAGAGUUCAACUCUCCCCGUCAAAGCGCAAAGGACUCCGAGGCCAAAUGAAUUGAAAUUAACCCCUUUGAAUCGCACUUUGACUGCACCACGAUCGGUGGACAGCCUUCCUCGUCUGAGAAGAUUUUCUCCAAGUCAGGCAUCCAUUCAGACGAGAUCAUUUGUUUAUUUUGGAGAUGAUGGUGAACGUAACCUGUCAAAGGAGGUCAAAAAUACAACAGAAGAAGCAGCUAAAGGAGAAGCUGGGGAGAAAACAACUGAAGAGCUUGCUGAGCAAAAUCCAGAGCAGCAGCAGCUCAAGCCCCUGGAAUCUACAGUUUCGGAAGUCCUCUCCCAGCCCAUUACAGAAAUUGUCUGCCUUACUCCCAGUGAAGAGCUGCUGGAUCCCUCAUCAUUGCUAGUGCCUCCACCUAAAACAGUUAACCUCAUAGAGGUUUCCCUUACAGAUCUGAAGCCACCUGAAAAAUCAGAAGAGAUUGUGGAGAAAUCAGAGGGCGAGAGUGACAAAGAGCAGUUGGAAGAUGACCAAAAAUUGUGCUGUGGGUUCUUUUUUAAGGAUGAUCAAAAACCUGAAAAUGAUAUGGCAGUGAAACGGGCAGCAUUGUUGGAGAAACGAUUGAGAAGGGAAAGAGAGACCUUACUUCGAAAGCAGCAGUUGGAAGCAGAGUUAGAAACCAAGAAAGAAGAAACAAAGAGGAAGUCUGAGGAGGAACGUCAGAAGAAGGAAGAUGAAAAAGCGCGGCGAGAGUUCAUUAAGCAAGAAUACAUGAGACGAAAGCAGCUGAAGCUCAUGGAGGACAUGGACAUUAUCAUCAAGCCCCGUUCCCACUUGGCCAAGCAAAAGAAGCCACGACCCAAAUCCAUUCAUAGAGACCACAUUGAAUCACCCAAAACCCCAAUCAAAGGUCCUCCAGGUUCACAACCUGACUGUGUUGUUGAUGUUGUUUCCCCCCCAUCCCCAGUGUCUAGCCUUUCAUUGGCCUCACUGAAUACAGGAGACAAUGAGAGUGUUCAGUCGGGCAAGAGAACGCCAAGGUCAGAGUCUGUGGAAGGAUUCAUAUCUCCAAGUCGUUGUGGCAGUCGUAAUGGGGAGAAGGAUUGGGAAAAUGCAUCAACAACCUCUUCAGUGGCUUCUGCUACAGAAUAUACAGGACCAAAACUCUACAAAGAACCCAGUGCAAAAUCCAAUAAGCAUAUAAUUCAAAAUGCUCUGGCUCAUUGUUGCUUGGCUGGAAAAGUAAAUGAAGGCCAGAAGAAUAAAAUAUUAGAGGAAAUGGAGAAAUCGGAUGCCAACAACUUCCUAAUCCUCUUCCGGGACUCAGGCUGCCAGUUCCGAUCUUUGUAUACGUACUGCCCCGAGACUGAGGAAAUCAGUAAGUUGACUGGGAUAGGCCCCAAAUCCAUCAGCAAGAAAAUGAUUGAAGGGCUUUAUAAGUACAACUCUGACAGGAAACAAUUCAGCCACAUACCUGCUAAAACGCUGUCGGCCAGCGUCGACGCAAUCACCAUUCACAGCCAUUUGUGGCAGAGUAAAAGACCAGUAACGCCGAAAAAACUCCUACCUGCAAAAGCAUAGCGACUUGAGAGGAGGAUGCCUUGCUGAAGACAGUUGUGGGAAACUUUGCACUUCAUUAUUUGCUGCCUAUCAGAAGAGAGGUUCCUAUUUGCCAAGAAAAUUGUGGACUGAGAACAAGCUCUGUUGCCAUGCACAACUGGAAUGUAAACACCGUAUUGGAGACUUACAGAAAAAUGAACACUUAAGGGAUUCAUGCAGCCAUGUGCUCAUGAAAUCUUGCGUUGCCAGUGCAGAUAGGUAUGUGCUAACACGCCAUUUAUAGAGGGUUUGCUUUGGGUUUAAGACACUGAAUCAUUGAAUGUUUGCAAAACUGCAGUGACCGAAAUCAACGCAUUUUUAUAUGUAUUGCCUUAUACUUUGGUAUAUUCAUGCCUGUUUUGGAAUUUGCUUGUGUUCAUUAUAACUCGACUGGAGAAAAUUCCGUCUUGAUUCGCUGUUAGUACCCCACAAUUUUUAAAAAGGGCACACAUUUAUUUUUCAGUGGAAGAGAACUAUCUAUACAAUUUUUUUGGCUCUCGUUUGUUUCAAGGGAAAGUUCGGGAUGGUAUUUCUCGCAGACAAUAUUCAAUUUUAAAUGUUGUUUUCAAAUCUCAGAUUUUGAGCAAGAAAUGCGAUACCAAGACAUUUCUUGUUUCCUCCAAGAUACUCAGAAGCAUACUGACAUAUUUUUAAAAAAUGAGUCAUGGCCCUGAUCUGGGGAAGCAUGAACUGAGAGCUUUGGAUGCACUGGUGCUCCCCUCCCUUAAACCUUCCCCCUUCUUUGUUUUCCUUUUUUUAAAACAGGGCUUCUUCCUUACAGUUCUGCCCAAGCUGUUUUUCAAAUAGUACCCAGAAAUGUAUUGUCAAAGGGCUUUCAUGGCCGGAAUCACUGUGUUGUUGUAGGUUUUUUCGGGCUAUAUGGCCAUGUUCUAGAGGCAUUCUCUCCUGACGUUUCGCCUGCAUCUAUGGCAAGCAUCCUCAGAGGUAGUGAGGUCUGUUGGAACUAGGAAAAAGGGUGUGUGUGUAUCUGUGGAAUGACCAGGGUGGGACAAAGAACUCUUGUCUGUUGGAGCUAGGUGUGAAUGUUUCAACUGAGCAGCUUGAUUAGCAUUUGAUGGCCUGGCCAUGCCUGGGGCAAUCUUUUGUUGAGGGGUGAUUAGAUGUCCUUGUUUGUUUCCUUUCGGUUGUUUUGAUGUUGUAAUUUUAGAGGUUUUUUUAAUACUGGUAGCCAGAUUUUGUUCAUUUUCAUGGUUUCCUCCUUUCUGUUGAAAUUGUCCACAUGCUUGUGGAUUUCAAUGGGUUCUCUGUGUAGUCUGACAUGGUGGCUGUUAGAGGCUCCAUCUAAUCACACCUCAACAAAAGAUUUCCCCAGGCACUGCCAGGCCAUCAAAUGCUAAUUAAGCUGGUCAGUUGAAACAUUCACACCUAGCUCCAACAGACAAGAGUCUUUUAUCCCACGCUGGUCAUUCCACAGAUAUAUAAACCCCCUUUUCCUAGUUCCAACAGACCUCACUACCUCUGAGGAUGCUUGCCAUAGAUGCAGGUGAAACUUCAGGAGAAAAUGCCUCUAGAACAUGGCCCGGAAAAACCUACAACAACAGAGUACACAGAAAUGUAAGUGAUUCAGGAGUGCUAUUUGGUUUUAAGAAACACAUUCAAAUAAAUAACAUUACUAAACACAGGCAUACUAGUAAGGGUUCAUGUAUUGCUUCGUUUCAAAAUUCUAAACACAACAAUAAUAACUAUGCGAAAAUGUACUUUUCACGUGCAUCCUUAAAAAGGAAUUUAUGUAGAUAUAUCAACUGAUAAAAGCUAUUCUGAUAUGUUACCAGUAUGCUAACCAACAUAUGGACCAAAGAAUUUUUUGUUCUUCAUAGACACAUGAGAUAGUGAUUUAAUUUUAUUAAAACACAUGAAACAGUAUUAAUUGGGAUACAUAACAUUUUGAGAAUGGCAAAGAUCUGCAAACGUGUAGUAGUGUUAACAGCUAACCAAAAUAAUUACCGGGACGUUUUUUGCAGUAUUUACAAAGGGCUGCACAUCUCUUUUUAUGUUAGGAAAGGCAUGUUUUGCUUGGAAAUUUGUUUUAAAGGAUCCCACUCAAUAUAGCAACCACUGUUUCAGCAAGUGAGGAAGUACUAACUUGAAACCUACUAUUAUUUUUGUGAGUGUUGGGAGUUUUUUGUGGGGUUUGUGUUUUUGACCUUUGUACACCAGACGACUUGGU